CCGCAAGCAAGCCAGCCGGUAUUCCCUACCCAAGCCGCAACAACAACAACAUCAUCAUCAUCAUCACCACCACCACCAACAUCAACACCAAUACUUACAUCCGCGGCAGCAGCAGUAUUGCACAUUCCAUUUGCUCACUCAAAAAGCGGUCAACAGUGAACAACCAAGAGCACAUCACAUAGGGAAUACGACCGAACAGAACAGCAAAAAUGUACCACAUGGGGGUCAGUAAUCCGGUCAAGUAUGUCCUGGGCCUGUCCCUGUUCACCAAACGCACCGACCGAGCCACCUGGAAGGGGAAAGAAAUCGACUUGGAUCCGCCCAUCGAGGAGAUUCGCUGGAGCGACGCCGUGCAGUAUCCCGACGAUGCCUUCGCAUUGACGGACGAUGCCCACAUGGCGGUGAGCCCCAGUGACGACUCCGAUCUGGGCCACAGCAGCAGCAGCAGCAGCAGCAGCAGCAGCUCCAGCAGCAGGACCAGGCUGGUGCGCAUCGUCAGCUGGGCCAGUCUGGUCGGGGGCAGAUGUCGGUGGACGAUGGAGCAGGAGCGGAAACUGGCCAUCGCGAGAAGCGAACUCGCUAGAUGUCAGAAAGCCUGGAGUUCUGAGCAGGAGUUGUGGUUAGCUCAUAUCAAAGACCUGCACGAGGAAAAAGAGGCCCAUGAGCAAUUCAUCCAUCAUCGAGCGAAACAGCAAGACGAAGAGCAGCAACAUUUUCGCAAAUCCUGGAUCCGACGAAAAUCCUACGAGGAGCAACAACAACAACAUCAACACGACCAUCAUCAGCAAAAUCAUCAGCAGCCGCGACCGGUCGCCACGACACAACGGACCAAUAGCAGAUUGCACCGGAUACGGCGCAUUGGGUCAUAG